CACAUGUUUAACAGUAGCUAAAAUGAUGCUGUCCAUAAACACGAUACUCUAUUAGCUGCGGAUCAUAAGAUCCAGUUUAAAUUUUUGUUUUGAUCGAAUUAUAAAAAUGCUAUCUUUUAUUUUAACAGCCGGAUUCGUUUCUUUGACUUCUGUGAUAAUCGGAGUCCGCCUAUACAAUGUCUAUUAUUGUUGGGGUAAUUACGAACAAAUGCUAAAACGCUAUGGAAGAAAAUCGAUUAAAAAUUUGACCAUAGUUAUUACUGGUUGUAAUACGGGAAUCGGUAAAGAAACGGCCCGCGAAUUGUAUAGACAUGGUGCUCGUGUUAUUAUGGCCAACCGAAAUCGAUCACAAACCGAACAGGUGAUACAGGAAUAGAGACUAUAUCCAUUUGCUGAUGGGCAAUUGGUAUACAAACAUUUGGAUCUUACCUCUAUGGAUUCGGUGAAACGCUUUUCACAAGAUAUCAUUAGCAAUGAGCCAAGAUUAGACAUUCUAAUAAGCAAUGCAGCCGUAUUUGGUGCUCCAGUCGGCCUAACAGAUGAUCAUUUUGAAACAAAUAUGCAAGUUAAUCAUCUGGCUCCAGCUUUGCUAACUCAUCUCUUGUUACCAAAACUACAACAGCCAAGAAUCGGCGAUCAUGCAAUGAAAAAAUCACCACCACCACCACCGCGAAUCAUUACGGUCACAUCGACACUGACCAAUCGUGGAACAAUUCAACAAGAGUUUUUAUCGAGAAUUACUAAUGAACAACAACUGAAGACCAUAAUGAACAAACGUGGACGUGAAAUUUAUGCAUCAACUAAAUUGGCAAACUUACAUUUUAUGCGUUCAUUAUCAACACGUAAAAACUUGAUCAAAAAUGUAGAAAUCUGUUUGGCUAGUCCGGGUUUCUGUUAUACUCGUUUACAUCGAUACAGUAGCCGUUCUAGUCUCAUUUGGAUGAGUUUGUUUGCUCCGUUGUUUUUUAUGAUUGUCAAAUCAUCCAAACAAGGCGCACAAACUAUAAUUGGCUGUUCGAUGAUUCCUCAUCUUCGUUCUGAUGUACUAUAUCAUCAUUGUAAAGAAGAUGAACUUUUCUUCCAAAAAGGACCACCAUCGUUUGUUUCAAAUUCACAUCAUUUGUUUGAAAUUACAAUGAAAUCGAUUGAACCAUUUUCAGGAUGAAAAAUGCUGGCUCUUCUCUUUUGAAUGGUCGUAUUGAAAGCAUUCAUAAUCAAUGAAAAUGAAAGUGAAUGUCAAUUUUUCCCAAAAAAAGUCUCCGAAAAAUAUUUGAUUUAUUAAAAAGUAGAACCCUGACACCAUCUAUUAUUUUCAGUAAACACUAUUUCAAAAUUUAAUCAAAAUUUAAUUUAUUGAUGUCGAUACGAUUUUGGUUUCUGUAUUGUGUACGACCUUUUCUGUUUUGAAAUAAAUUUAUCGAUUAUUUGAAUAAUA